UACCUCGGUGUCUGUAGGUGCCUCAGGGAUGUGGCGUAUCUCCCCCAGUGAUAAGCUGGACGUAGACAGCGUGAGUGGAGCGGCGUUAGUGAAGAACACCGGAACAGCUACGGUCUUCCACGAUAUCCCAGGGAUAGGGAAAACAUACAGAGAGGUAGUUGUCAACGGUUCUUCAAAUCUAAGUUUCCAGAUUGGUCAAAAAAACUAUUUAACAAAUGCUCCUGAUUCUUCUGCAUUCCACGUUCUUGUCGCCACAAGCAGUGGAAGAGAAACCCUCAAAGGCCCCUGCAGCCCGCUUCAGCUCAGCGCGAUCACAAAUCGGCUUCUCCCGGAGUCUUACUUGAAAUGUGGAGUUGGGUUCAGCAGCACCAUGUUGGACGUUUCGGCUGGGGAAGUCUUCCUUGUGCAGUCAGGAUUCAGCAUCCAAGAAGGUCUUUAUGCCUGUGUGAUCACAGCUAAACCCCAGCCCAGUGAAGUCCUCCUGGCUCUGAGCUUGGCUGAUGCUUCUGUAUACGUGACUGUUUCUCACAGCAGUGACCAGAGGAAGGGGGACACGCAACGAAUCCUUGUUCCUUUCCUCCCUGCCUUCUACCUUUACCAGUCAGAAUUAGUUUUUAGUAUCACACAACUAACUGGUGUGCUAAGAGUGCUGGGAGUUGAAAAAGUAUUAGAAAAGCUGGAGGUUCAGCCCAGUUCUCCGGCUCUAACCGUGAUGCCUCCGGAGCGCUCGCUCAGCAUGCCCGGGCUUGUCUCCUACGUGGUCGGCGUGGUCAACUUCACCUCUCUCCAGCAGAUGCCAGCACCGGCCUUCGUCAACGUGUCUUGUGCUCUCACCGCCCAAAGGGCAGCGGUAGCAGUGAGAGCUCUCACCGGGGAGUGCGCGCCCGGUCAGUGCAGGGAAGUGGGAGUUCAUCACCGGCUAGCGAGCUCUUACCAGGUCCUUCUCUUCACUCUCUUUGCUGUUUCAGCAUUGACAGCUGUUAUGUUCCUUGCCCACAACGCUUUCCUGACCAGGCUGCAAACGGUGCCUGUUGUGUACGUGCCUACUGCCGCUGUACCUCAGACAGGAUAUUCCUAUCCUGCCAGUUCCCAGCACGAAAGGAACAGGCCUCAGCUGGGGCUCUGGAGCGUGCGGAGGUGAAUCCACACCAGAGAGAUCCCCACUGCGAGCAGGGAUGGGUUGUUCCCGACCUGAACGAAAGGAAGCGUUUCAUUUCCCGUUACCUGCUGAUCUGAGCCUCGGAUGUUGAGCACCUGCGCUCUUCUGACGUUUAACUGCACGGUGGGGGCCAGGCCUGGUUACUUUUUGGGAUUAAGGGCAGGCCCGCCAGCCAUGUUCCCUCUCACGUGCUCUGCAACCGCUCACAACCCCCGUUCUUUACCAGCCCAAGUUCAAGUUAUUCAUUACAGUUCAAGACAACAAGCGCAUUAAAGGCAGACCAGCUUGCGUGUA